UGAGAUAAAAUCACUGUUGGCAAGGUUACGACUGCUCAGAUGGAAGAAGGAUUAGAAAAACGUGCAUUUUGUAGCAAGGACUGAUUGGUAUCGCACUAGGUGGGACGGCAUUGAUAGACACGGAGCUCCUGUGCAAAUUAUCAUUUUUACAAUGUAUUAUUGGCCCUGUACAAACGACCGUAACAAAGAAGGGCCUUGAUUGUCCAAACACUCAGUCCAUGCAAAUUUCCAAGGCUUUAUGCAUAACAAACAGCUUUCGGUUUGUUCGUUCGCUUUCUGUUACAACAGUGUAUAGUGUAGAUAUUUCGAACUCGUAUCAUGAUUUCUAUGGAAGAUUAUGGCAUCCAGACUCUGGCCCGGUUUUGUGUAUUCACCUUAAUUUCACUAUUUCUGUAUAGUUUAUUUGACUUCUUUCAAAGCACCGACGAAUGCAUAAAAAACAAACAACAGUCGAUCGACACUGAGGAUAAUUCAGGAGCACGCCGCAGCAGGGUCGCCUCGGGGCCCGUAUCCCGUAUCUUCAGCGAAGUGAACUCUGUUUACGAUGCCUUUCUUCACGGCUUGAAAAUUUCAAAGGACUCGCCUUGCUUAGGGUGGAGGUUGCCUAGCAACGGGGAAUAUGCAUGGAUCACAUAUAAUGAGGUUCAUGGACGAGCGUACAGUGUAGGAUGUGGGCUGGUCUGUCUCGGUUGCCAACCGUCGCAAGCCACUCACUUGGGCAUUCUUGCGCCAAACUCAGUUGAGUGGUUCCUGACAGACCUCGGGUGUCAGAUGUUUUCAAUGAUAACAGUCCCCAUAUAUGACUCGCACGGGUACGCCGCUUGUACACACAUCAUCAAACAAGCUGGUUUACAGUCCAUCGUUUGCCAUUCCUCAAAGGUUAGCUUCCUAUUGUCAGCACUCAAUCAAUACGACGUCGGAAUUAUCCGAAGUCUGGUGACGGUAGGCGUACCGAUUUCUUCAAGCGAUCGAUCAGCCGCCGCAAGAUUAAGAAUCAAAGUUAUCAGCUUUGAGGAUUUAGAGAAACUUGGUGAGACGAACCCGAUACAAAAGAAGCCUCCAAAAUCAGACGAUUUGUACACGGUGUGCUAUACAAGUGGAACAACAGGUACUCCAAAAGGAGCGAUGCUGACUCACGAUAAUGUCAUAUCAGAUUUAUCUGCAUUUUUAUACGUUUUAAAACAGCACGGGCGAAGUUUUGGAGUAGACGACGUCCACUUAUCAUUUCUUCCUCUCUCGCACAUGUACGAGAGGGUGAACCAGAUUGUUAUCUUCAUGAAUGGUGGGAAAAUUGGAUUUUUUAACGGCGACAUUAAGAAACUCCUAGAUGACUUCAAGACACUGAGGCCUACCGUAUUUGGGGCGGUACCUCGUCUACUUAACAGAAUACACGACAAGGUCACAAAUGAAAUAAAUAAGAGUUGGAUAAAAAGGUGGAUCUUCCAAAUCGCUUUAAAUGCCAAGAAAAGAGAUCUAGCCAGGAAAAUAGUCAGGAGAGAUACGAUAUGGGACUAUCUGAUAUUCAACAAAAUACAGGCCUUACUCGGAGGACGAGUCUGGUUUAUCAUCAGCGGAUCCGCUCCUCUCUCACCCAAAGUCGCAACCUUUAUAAGAUGUGUCAUGGGAUGUCAGGUACAAGAAGGAUAUGGACAGACAGAGACUGUUGCAUCUGUAACGCUUCAGUUACUUGACGACUUUACUGCUGGUCACGUGGGUCCCCCGACACCUGUGAACGUCGUAAAAUUGGUAGAUGUCCCAGAAAUGGAUUAUUGGGCUAAAAAUAAACAAGGAGAGAUUUGUGUAAAAGGGAGAAAUGUGUUCAAGGGCUAUCUACACAAUCCUGCAAUGACCGCUGAAGUUCUUGACAAAGAUCGCUGGCUCUACACAGGCGAUAUAGGGGAAUGGACAACGAACGGUACCCUUAAGAUCAUUGACCGUAAAAAGAACAUCUUUAAGCUUUCUCAGGGAGAGUAUAUUGCGCCACAGAAGAUCGAAAAUAUUUACCUGAGGAGCCCGUUUGUUGCACAGAUAUAUGUCCACGGAGAUAGCAUUCGGUCAUUUUUGGUAGCUGUUGUGGUACCAGACGCGGAGGUGCUCGAGGCCUGGGCCGAGAAGAAAGGGAUCCCUGGAGACCUGAAGAAGCUCUGUCAAAAUAAGACUGUUCACCAGAGGAUAUUUGAGAGUAUGGUCAAGGUCGGGGAAGAAAGUCAACUGAAUUCGUUAGAGAAGGUACGCGGAAUACAUUUGUGUUCAGAGGCCUUUUCAAUAGAUAACGGCCUUUUGACUCCGACUUUGAAGAUCAAAAGACCGCAGAUGUCGACGUUCUUCCGAGAUAUUAUCGACAACCUCUACACGACGGUUGUCGCGAGUGGCGCUGUGUAAAUUCAAUAACACAGAGAGCCGUAGCAGGCCACGUAAAAGGUAUGGAUGCCAUACUUGUGGAAGAAAGAGAUGGCAGACAUUUGUUGGUGAUCAUAUUCCACCAAAUAAGUUAU